AUGUCUUUCUAUCUUAAAAGUAAAAAGCGCUUCUCUGUUUUAAACCUGUUGAAAUCCCUUGAGGAUCCAGAAUAUCCGUCCAUAGGACCACAUCUUCGCCUUUUAGGUUUUACCGGCAUUUGGCAUCCAGAACUUACAUCGAAGACGGCACGAUUCAAGCAAUGGCUUUUCUAUUUAACGAUAUCUUUUUUCUUCAGUCAAUACAUUAAAUGUUUCGUACAAUUUAAAGCCAGCUCAUUAGUGCUCAUAUUACAGUACGCACCAUUUCACAUGGGGAUUGUAAAAGCGUGUUUCUUCCAGAGGAACUAUAAGAAAUGGGAGAAAAUAAUUCACUACGUAUCCAACACUGAAAAGAAUCAAAUAACUGAAAGCAAUGAGGAAAUCACUAAAAUUAUUACAAAUUACAUACAACACAGCCGUCGCGUCACAUACUUUUUCUGGGCUUUAGCAUUUUUUUCGAACUUCUCGAUUUUUAGUGAGCCUUAUCAAAAAAACAUAAACUCUGAUAAUGGCGAAGCCGUGUUUAAGAAAAUCUUUGAUGGUUAUAUCCCGUACAGUGAUUACCCCCCUGGUUAUUAUAUAUCUAUGUUCAUUCAGACGGUACUUGGUCAUAUUGUGAGCGCGUAUGUUGUUGGCUGGGACACCCUUAUAUGUACUAUUAUGAUUUUUUUUGCUGGACAACUGAAGGUGGCACGUUUGCUUUGCUCUAGAGUGAUUAAUGUUCAGAAUCCCGAAUUAUGCCGCAAGUAUAUUGCUGACUGUCAUCGCUUUCAUACCACUCUUGUCAAAAACCAGAAAUUGUUCGAAAAUCUGAUAUCACCGGCUAUGUUUGUAUAUUUGAUAGUAAUAUCGGUCAACCUUGGGGUCUGUAUUAUUGAGAUUGCAAAGAUAAAAAAUGAUACACCGACGCUAAUAUCCAGCUGUUUAUUCCUGUUGGCUUGUUUCAUACAGUUGCUGCUGUUCUACUGGCACAGCAAUGAAGUCACCGAAGAUAGCGUCCUAGUCAGCUACGGAGUAUUCGAAAGCGACUGGUAUCAAGCCGAGAACAAAUAUCAAAGAGAAGUGGCAUUGCUUGGAAUCACAACCACGAAAAGGUUGGCUUUCAGAGUAGGCCCAUUCAACGAAAUGACUCUUAAGACAUUUGUAGCUAUUCUACGUGCGAGUUAUAGUUUAUAUACUUUACUAAACGAGACUAAUUAA